AUGACCACCGGUUCCGCCAUGGGCUCAAUCAGCAGCUUCACAACCCGUCUCUCGCUACGGUGGGUCCCCGGGGUCCCAGAGGAGACCACCGAUACCGUCGUACUGACGGUGGGCGAUUGGUUCCUGGAUCUGCGCAUGGACAAGAAGUCAGGCGCAAUUGACUGGGCAAUGGCCGGUACCGCCAUCAAGGAAAACCCCAACGAGAUACCUGUGAAAGUCUCGUUCACUCGCGAGCUGGACUCGCUUAAUGAAAUUGGCCUCGUCGACGUGGCCAAGUUUAGCCCUCUGCCCAACGGCGACGAGCUUGAGAGCGGCGAGAUGCCGCACCCUGACCUUCCCGGUGCGCCGAUGACCGCUUUCGAGGAAGUGUGGAGCGAGCUGCCCUUCAGGGAGGGACCCGAGGGUGCAAAGAAGGGUAUCUCGUGGAUUCUAGAGUCUGAGCAUGGUGAGGUUGGCGAGGGGGCUGAGGUUAGCUUUACCAAGACUUUCUUGGGAAGGAUCUGGGGCACAUAUUUGGCGUUCCAGCAGACUCAGACUCAUAAGAAGGAGAAGGAUGAGACUGGAACUUGGGUUGUUAAGCGGUCUGGUGAGGAGGUUAGUGCUAGGCGAGAGGAGUGGCGCGGGGCUUGGGAGGAUAAGUAUGUGGUCGGUCCUAAGCCGGCGGAGGUGCCUUCUAUGAAGACUGGAUUUGAGGGCGAGGGAAAGGGGGCUUGGAGGAUUCCUGGGGAGAAGCUCCUUAUUAACGGGCAGUCGUUUAUUGUGCGAGCAUUUGAGGAGAUAUGA